AUGUGUCUUUUCUGUGUUGCUGGCCGCUUCUGCGAAUUCAUUCUUGAAGGAGUGAAUUUUCGCAAAUUUUUAAUCGCUAGUGUCGAUGAUCAAGUACGUCUGCGGCGGCGAGACGUUUCGAAGAACGAUGCAGUUGAGGCUGGAUUUGAACCGUCGACUGCUGUUCCACGAUGCCAUUCGACACAUUCACUCGCUUAUGCGAAUUCACAGUUCCAGUGUUACGAUGAGAUCGAUCGGGACUUUCUAGAUCCAAAGAGGAUAGGAGGGAAUUUAAGAUCCAAAGAGGAUAAGAAGGAACUUAAGGCGAGUGAUUUGAACCUGUCUCAUGGCCAUAGUAGACGAGGUGGCCGAGAAUUCGAUGCCCCGCCGACUGCUGUCGUAGGGCCGCGUCAAUGCAUUCGAUCAAGCCAUGUCUCGGCUGAUGACCGUGGAGAGCACCAUCAUACUCAAUACGAUAACGAACGCUACAGGCGAAGUUUGCAGCAACUCAACGGAGGUGUCUGUCAAUUCUUGUCUGAAGUUCGUCUCUGA